CUACAUUCAUCACCUGCAUAUGGGGUUUAUUUCUCUCAGUUGAUUCAAUACGCAAGAGCAUGGCGCUCAACGUAUGAGCAAUUUCUCAAACGAACAUUUCAAUUUCAUGAGAAUUGACAAUGAAAAAAUUUCCAAAGCAGUCCAUUUGAUGUACAAAUUUUUACCGGCCUUGACAACGGAACCAUCGGAUUUCAACAAGUCUGAGGUAGCUGGCUCUAACAUAGACUGCAUCACAUAAGCAGAGGGGCAUAACCAUGCACUUAUGAGAAUUCUAGAAGUGGGAUCAGAUGCCUAGGAGGAGAUUUGGAGUCUGAAUUUGUGGAGAGACACCUCCUGUUUGAGACUUUAAACCAUUAGACCCUGCAGAGGAGUCUGAUGAAGCCAGUGGAACCCAGUUAACUAACUGCUGGUGUCAUUUUAACUGAGCCCCUUAGCAGAAAACAGAAAAAGGAUUUGUUUUCUCUGUUGCUGAAACAUAUUUAUUUUUUUUUCUGUUGAUCUUUUGGAAAAAAAGAUUCAUUUUGGUGGAUAAGAUUCAUGUUCCAGUGGUACAGUGUUCAUAAAAUGACAGUGUAAAGUUGGAAGGAUGGGAUCUGGUUCCAGUACUCUGACUCCUCCAUCUUCUCCUGAGCCAGACAGCCCAAUACUGUCUCACCGGGCCAUAUCUCCAGAAAAACAGAAAAGCAGAAAUUUUGUGAGAGCGGGAAAUGAUGUUGCUCCAAUCAUAAUCCGGGACUGCAAAGAAGAAUUUCAGCAUGUUACCGAUUUCAAAGAUCCCAUUAUUUAUGGAAGCAUUACAGAGAACAUGCCUAGGCACCCACUAGUAAAGGGGAAGUACUUUUUGGUACGUGAUGCUUCAGAUAAAUCAGACAUAAAGAAAACUUAUGCCCAGUAUAAAGCUCCCAAUUUUCACCAGGCUUCAAAAGGAUUGCCUGUUUAUGGUGCGGGCCAACCAACAGAAAAAGGACUCAUUUAUUUGAUAGACCAUCUAGUGGAUGAGGGUCACACGGAGGUUUUACUGUUUAAUUUGAGAGAGGAGCCUGUAUUGUUUGUGGAGAAUGCCUCGGAUAUGCUGCCUUACUCCAUCAGAGAGAAAGAGAGCCUGAAGGAACUGGUCAACCUGGGCAGAUCCUCCUAUGAAGCAGACGAAGCAGAGGCUAGGAUCAGAAAAGAGGUGAUAGACUUGGCAACACUGAAAGAAGAGAACAAGUUUUACUUCUACAAGGACUUGGAGAACCUUCAUAGAGAGCCCCACGAGUUUUACGUACAGUACGAGGACCACCUGUUAGUGUCGGAGGAAGUCUACUCCAGGCACAUCCUCUGCUCUCACUGUGUCAGGUACAGAAGACUGUGCUUUCCUCAGGAGUCUGCACCCAGUGACAUGGAUGUAGAUUCUUUUAUAGAUGUUUACAAGGAAUGUCCAAGUGGUUUUGACAAAACACAUGGUUCCAGUAUGGCAAUGUUGUUCACCUGCCAUGUGGGAUAUGGUAGAACCACAUUAGGAAUGGUAAUGGGCUCACUACUUUUAGCUCACCGCAAUGGCUUCAGUAGUAUCAUUAGUAAAACCCAUAAAAGUAGUGGAGAGGAAAUAGACUGUGGUGCUGUACAAAGACUUGUUUCACUUAUACCAGAUGGGCAAAAAAUCAAACACCAGAUAGAUGCUGUGAUAGAUAUGUGUGGGGAGUUGUACAAUUUACACAGUGAAAUUUCAGCAGCAAAACAUCUAUUAGAAGGAACAACAUUUGAUCAAGAAAUUGAAGGAAAGAAUGCUCAAGAGAUGCUCUACAAAAGAUGCUGCCAUUUUCUACAACGCUACUUAUUCCUCAUUUGUUUCAACAGUUACCUAACAGAACAGUUUUCACAGCGAUUUCUCAAAUCGUAUUCAAAAUGGAAGCGACAACAUCCUGAGAUGAUCCGACUAUUGGAGAAUGUUCAUCACCCUAAUUCUCACGCCCCACUGAAUCUGGUGCUGACAGAGAGACAGUUCCUAGUGGCAGAUGUAUACAUAGGGCUGGACGUGAUGAGCACACAAAUGGAUGUCAGAGUGCCUAACUUUAGAAAGCUCAAUCUCAAAGGAAUCUCAGUGUAUGGAAUGGCUCAGCCUGCAAGAGAUGGCGUGACAAAAAUAUCCAACUACUUGCUGAGCAAGAAACAAGGACAUAAACUUGUGGUACUGGUGAACUUAAGGAACGAUGUGGCGGUAGAAUGUGAUGGCCAGACAUACAGCGUGAGGGAUGCCACAAUGUUAGACGAACCAAUCAUCCAUCCAGGCCUCACAGCAGAAGAACUAGAGGAUAAAGAAGAAACCUUGACAAAGAUAAUCAAAACCAACAAAAUCAAGAUAUACAACGAGUUAUCUGACGAGCCUGUCGAGCGGGAGUUUAACAGUGUGCUGACGUCGUCCGAGCUUGCAGAAAAUCAGAAACUGCAGACCCUGGACAUGCAGUACUUUAGAGUGCCUCUACAAUAUGAUACCACACCAAUAGAACAGGACUUUGAUGAUUUAAUGACUGUGAUACAUAAAAAUGGCUUCAGUGACGACCAGGAAUGCAACAAGACAGCUAUAGUGUACUACUGUCGGACUGGGAAAAGUCGCACCACCCUGGCUCUGGCUGUCACUGGUCUGAUCAUGUGUCAUUUGAGGGGUUUUCCAAAAGGAGCAAAUCUUGGAGAGCAAGAAAGAGUGUCAUGUCCAAAUGCCCAAUACACAAAAGGAGACUUUAUGAUCGUUCAAAAACUUGUACGGUUGCUGCCAAAUGGUCAACAAGUUAAAAGGGAAGUGGACUUUAUUUUAGAUGAGUGUUUUGAGACCAUGUCACCCAUGCAUUUUCAUAUUCGAGAAGUGAUAUUUGUAACCUACAACAAGAUAGGUAAAGCCAAGUCAGAGACGGAAAAACAACAACUGCGGAGACAGAGUUUGGAGGCCCUGGAGCGCUACAUUUACCUGAUCUUGUUUAACAUGUAUCUAAGAUAUGACAAGAAAAUCAAAUGGCAGCGGACAUUUUCCCAGUGGCUGAGAGAGGUGGCAGUCAAUGCUGGAGUGUUUGAGUUGCUUGAUAACCUUGCUUUUUAUGACUUUGAAAAGUUACCUACAGCAUACAAAACAAUGAAUGAAAGAUGGACAAACCGUUCUCAACCCAUUCCAUUUGCUGGAGAAUUCAAGUGAUGCAUCUGAUGUAACAGUCUUUAAACCAAUCAAUUUGUGAUAUGAUUUCCUUCUAGUACACAUGUAGUACUAAGGCCAAAAAAAAUUAAUCAACAGUUUCUCAGGCACCGCCACAU